GUUUCUCUCUCCUCGACUAUUUGCGUCUGGAACGAAUUUAUGCUCAUUAACGCUGAAGCAUUCGGACAGAUGUAAGGUGCAAAAGAUUGAUUAGAUCGCGUUCAGAAAAAGGGCGUAACUCAAGCCUUGUCUAGUUGCAGAAAACUCGUUAAAAAAAAGUUUGAUUCGUCCUGUGAAUUGGUAAAUCUAAUCGAUUAGCAAAAAUGGUGGAUGUGGAGACGAUCGCUUCGAUUUUUAUAAAAGUGUUUAAGCUGGUCCUUAACAUUAUUAUCAUAAUCCUUUACCGGACCGGCGAUGGGGGUGAAUUCUUAGGUAUUGGCGGAACAUGGAACCUAAACGAGGAGAAAAGUCCGGAUGCCGAAAUCGUGGCAUCCGGAGUGUUUGUAGGAUACCUCAUUUACACCGGUGUACAGUUGAUCACCUUUGGAUUUGGUACGACUAAGCAUAAGAGAGAGCUGUCUGAUACCAUCAUGAACUUCAUCGGUGCUUUCAUGUGGGUUGCUGUCGGAGGCACUGCCCUGCACUACUGGAAAGGAUACAUGGCUGACCAUGACUUCCUCUACACCAACACUGAGCGACAAGUGGGUCUUGCGCUAGGAUCCUUGUGCGUCAUCUCAGCAGCUUUGUAUGUCAUUGACACCGUGCUGGCUUUCGUGCACUUCGCGAAAGGAGACAACUAAUAAUUCUACAAAUUACACCAAAUAUGACGUUAAUACUUAAGAGGAUUAGUAUAUUUUUGUAAGGUAAUAACUUUCUUAAGAGUUCAAAAUAGAAUUAAGGAACUUCCGAACGACCAAAGCAGCAUCAUUAUUUGCAUGUUUCGAUAUUUUGUAAGCCGUUAAGCCCCAGGAUUUGGGGGACAAGCCCCAGGAUUUGGGGGACGUACGAUUGUUAUGUACCACCUGGAGCUGUUUUCAAUUGUAUGCUCUCCUUGAAGAAUCCAUGAUGGUCAUUUAGUAACGCAGACACAAUAUAUUAUAAAAAUCCGAAACAUGUUGCAUAGUUACGAAGGACAAUUAUAAUUUUUUGUAAAAUAUUUCAUCAAGACAAUAAACUUUUUGGUUACAAAGUAAA